AUGAAGGAGUUUUUUGAAAAUGAGAGUAAGGAGAGAAGGGCAAGCAGGUUGAGGCCCAAGAGCUCUUCUCCACCAGCUCCUGAGAAUCAAGUAAAGAUCUCUCCAAACCCAAGUUCCGAUUUUGUUCACGAAACCGAUUCUCCUUGCAAAGAAAUGGAUCUUUCUCCCAGAACAAACAAAAUCUAUGCUUUUCUCAGCAAAGCAUAUGACAUUGUUGAUGAUCCUUCCACUGACAAUAUAAUCUCCUGGGGACCAAAUGGCACCACGUUCAUAGUCUGGAAACCGCUAAAAUGUCAAAGAGACCUUCUUACACAACACUUGGGAGUCACAAGUUUUGCAAGAUUCCUAGGAUAUUGUAGGGCUUUAGCAAGACUGUAUCUGGAUUCUGGACAACAGUUGGAGUCUGAACACCCUGACUUUGUGAAGGGCAACCCUGAGCUUUUGGAGAAGAUUGGUGAUCGCUAUGUCGCCAAGUUGAGAGCUUCUUAUGCGAAGAGGUACAAGCCUUUAGAGGAUCAGCUUAAAAAUGCAAAGGAAGAGUGGGAUCUAGCAGUGAAGGAGCAGAAUGAGUUUUUUGAAAAUGAUAGUAAGGAGAGAAGGGCGAUCAGGCUGAGAAUGGAGAACCCUCCACUAACAGCUGAACAAGUUCCGGAGAAUCAAGUGCAGCAUAAUGGAACUUGA